CUCUCUCAUAAGCCACGACGACGACGAACGACGAUACAAUACAAUCGGAAACUUAACAGAUUUUGUCUCCGGCGAGAUCUCAAUCUGAUCCUUCACGGUGGCGUCGACGUCCGGGCAACAACAAGCUCUCUCGAGAAGAAAGCCAUUAUCAUCAUCAUCUCCUCCUUCGCCAUUAGCAGCUUCGGCUGUUCGGGCUCCCGCGGCGAGGAAACCGAGUCUUGAGUAUCCGUUUUGGCAGCAGAACUGGUUUAUUGGUUUGCUAUUCUUCAUGGCUUUAGGAUUCUUCUGUCUCGCUAUCUUCCUUUACCUUAGUCUCGAUCCGGAUUCUGGUUACACGUCUGCUUCUGCCGCCGCUUCUGGUAAAGAAGGUGUCGAGAUUACUUAUGGAAGUGCGAUCAAACUGAUGCAUGAGAAAACUAAGUUUAGACUGCAUUCUCACGAUGUGCCGUAUGGAUCCGGAAGUGGUCAGCAAUCAGUUACUGGGUUUCCUGGUGUUGUUGAUUCCAACAGCUAUUGGAUUGUCAAACCAGUUCCUGGGACUACAGAUAAGCAAGGUGAUGCUGUCAAGACUGGGGCAACCAUUAGAUUGCAGCACAUGAAGACCAGGAAAUGGCUCCACAGUCACCUGCAUGCAUCCCCAAUAUCAGGGAACUUAGAGGUUAGCUGCUUCGGAGAUGAUUCAAAUUCUGACACAGGGGAUCACUGGAAGCUUACAAUCGAAGGAAGUGGGAAGAUAUGGAAACAGGACCAGAGAGUCCGUCUUCAACACAUAGACACUAGUGGCUACCUCCAUAGCCAUGACAAGAAGUACCAACGUAUAGCCGGUGGUCAACAAGAGGUCUGUGGAAUUCGGGAGAAGCGGGCGGAUAACAUUUGGUUGGCAGCAGAAGGAGUCUACCUUCCUCUUAACGAGAGCAGCAAGUAAGGUGAAGAGAGCAAUAACUUCUCUGGAGGACUUUGAAUCUCAUCUUUACUAUCUAAAACUCAGAAACAAGGAAAUAGAGAUAUAUAUUUGCUAAUUUUCGAUUGAGAAUACUUUUAGUCGCACGAAUAUAUAUUGUUUUGGUAGAUAUCUUGCGGUUAUCUC